AUGUUCAAUCUAAAAUACUAAUGUUAAAUAAAAAAUAAUAGAUGUGUUAAAUAAAAAACUUAAUUGGAUAUUUCUAAACUUGAAGGAUUCAUUUAAUUCUAAUACAAAACAUAAAAAGAAAGAUUAGAAGCAAGGAAAGCUGUACAAAAAAGAAGAUCAAAAGUUAUCAAAAAUAGAUUUUAAGAUGAAGACUCUGAAUAAUCUAUUGGAGUCUCCUUAUCUAUAUCUAAUUCUUAUAGUGGAGAACUAUUUGAUAACUUUGAUAAUGAUAGUAGUUUUUCAGAUGGUAUUAAAAAUAACUGAUUCUCUAUAUCAUAGAUUAUCCAACUUUUGAAGAUGAAGAAAGUAGUUUAGAAAUUGAGUUAGUUUCCAAUAACCCUAUUCCGCAAGAGCCACCAAAUUUUACUAUAGAACGUAUCUUUAGUGAAAAAUAAGUUAUUAAUUUAUUUUGUAUAUUAUUGUAUUUUAUAUAUAUUUGA